AUGUUGGCCUUCAAUCUGUCCCCUCCCUGUACCCCAUCUCCUACCACCACCAUCAUCAUCAUCACCAUCACCAUCAUCAUCAUCAUCACCAUCGCCAUCAUCUCUGACCCUACAGCUGCUCUUUUUACUGUGGACCUUCGACCUGUCCCCUCCAUGAACCCCAUGUCCCACUGUGCCACCACCUCCAGCACCAUCAUCACCAUCACCAUCAUCAUCAUCGUCAUUAUUAUCACCAUCAUCACCAUCAUCAUCAUCAUCUCUGACCCUGCAGUCGCUCUCCUUAAUGUUGGCCUUCGACCUGUCCCCUCCAUCCUGGAGGGCCCCUCGCUGGUUUUGCAGGUGCCCGAGGCCGUCGAGGAGGUGACCGUGGCUUGUGGGGCUCGGCCGGAGCCCCCCCAAACCCCCCCGGCUGCGCCCGCAGGCUGCCCCGCGUACAGCCCCGAGCUGCUCGCCCGCCUCGAGCGAGGGGAGGAGGCCUGGAUCCCACCCAUCCAAAGCUCGGAGGACGAGGAGGCAGCGAGGCCCCUCCUGAGGCUGUGGGUGAGGAAAAGGAAAAGGUGGAAGACCUACCGGGAUCCCAGGAGCUCCUCCGGCUCCAACUCUUCCAAUUCGGGUGACGGAUCAUGGAGCGAGACGGACACCGAGAGCUCCCGCUCGGAAGACGGAGAAGACGGCCCGGCCCGAGAGAGCCGCCACCUGAGGCGGCGCCCGGCCUCGUCCAACCCCAACGGCAGGAGAGCGAAGGCGCCGGGCCAGAGCAAGCACGUGUGCGCCACGUGCGGCAAGAGCUUCAGCCGCGGCUCGUCCCUCAACCGCCACCAGCGGGGCCACGCGGGCGAGAAGCCCUUGGCGUGCUCCAGCUGCGGGCAGAGCUUCCCGUGCGAGUCCAGCCUCAGGAGCCACCAGAGGAGCCACCCGAGCGAGAAGCCCUACAAGUGCCCCAGCUGCGAGAAGAGCUUCGCGUCGGCCAAGUCGCUGCGGAAGCACCGCAAGGGCCACCUGGAGAGCGGCGCCUACCGGUGCUCCGAGUGCGGCAAGACCCUCACGUCCAACUCGGCUCUGGUCAUCCACCGGCGCAUCCACACCGGGGAGAGGCCCUACAGCUGCCCCGAGUGCGGCAAGGCCUUCAUGGCCAAGAAGUCGCUCAACAAGCACCGCAAGGGCCACCUGGAAGGCGCCGCCUUCACGUGCCCGGAGUGCGGCAAGACCCUCACGUCCAACUCGACGCUCGUCAUCCACCGGCGCAUCCACACCGGGGAGCGGCCCUACGCGUGCCCGGAGUGCGGCAAGAGCUUCAUGGCCAACAAGUCGCUCAGCAAGCACCGCAAGAGCCACGCGCGGCAGGAGAGCUACGGGUGUCCGCAGUGCGGGGAGACCUUCGGCAAGAGCGCCGUCUUGGUGGCCCACUUGAGGACCCACCGCGGAGAGCCCCCCUACCCGUGCGCCGACUGCGGCGAAGCCUUCUCCGACAGCUCCUCCUUCGGCAAGCACCGCAGGAGGCACCUGGCGGAGAAGCCCUUCCAGUGCGGCGAGUGCGGCGCCGGCUUCGCCGCCCACGCGGCCCUCCUGCUCCACCAGAGGAGCCACGCGGGACCCCGGCCCCACGUGUGCUCCGAGUGCGGCAAGGCCUUCCGGGAGAACACCACGCUCCGGCGGCACCAGCGGAUCCACACGGGCGAGAAGCCCUACCGGUGCCCCUACUGCGAGAAGAGCUUUCGGGCGAGCUCCACGCUCAUCAUCCACCAGAGGAUCCACACGGGCGAGAAGCCCUACAAGUGCUCGCGGUGCCCCAAGAGCUUCACGUCCAGCUCGUCGCUCGUGAAGCAUCGCCGGACUCACCUGCGCUACGAGGGGCUCGCGGCGCCCGCAAGUCCGGGGCAGGGAGCCGCUUUGCCGCCCCCGGCUCCGUCCGCGACCCACCAGGUCCCGUCCGUGUGA